GCUGACUGCGCCGGACUUCCGCGGCGGGGGGCGCACAACGCGAGUCGAGGGCUUCUGCUGAUUGGUGAAGGAGGAUUCAGCUUCAGCACCGUGGGGCGGGGCCUCGGCGGUGCGAACUGCCAUUGCCUUCCGCCGUUGCCUUCCGCAGGGGCACCGUUCGCGGGUGUGUGCGCAUGCGUUGAGGUCUCGGGACGCCAAUUGGGGGGUCUUGAGUCACUGGCGGCGUGCGGCAGGUUGGGGCGUGGUCGCCGGAGCGGGCGCCGCGCUACGAGGCCGCUGGUUGGCCAGCGCGAGUCACGUGGUUCCGGGCUGCAGCAGCGCGCACCGGUGCGACGUCAACGCAGCAGGUCGAGCUUUCCCGACCUGUUUUCCGCGGCCCGGCCGCGGCUGAGUCCUCCCAGGGUCGGGGUUGAGCGCCUUGUUGAGUCUCUUUGUAGUCGCCAUGGACAAUUCCGGGAAGGAAGCGGAGGCGAUGGCGCUGUUGGCCGAGGCGGAGCGCAAAGUGAAGAACUCGCAGUCCUUCUUCUCCGGCCUCUUUGGAGGCUCAUCCAAAAUAGAGGAAGCAUGUGAAAUCUACGCCAGAGCAGCAAACAUGUUCAAAAUGGCCAAAAACUGGAGUGCUGCUGGAAACGCUUUCUGCCAGGCCGCGCAGCUGCACCUGCAGCUCCAGAGCAAGCACGACGCAGCCACCUGCUUUGUGGAUGCCGGCAACGCGUUCAAGAAAGCUGACCCCCAAGAGGCCAUUAACUGUUUGAUGCGAGCGAUCGAGAUCUACACAGACAUGGGCCGAUUCACGAUUGCGGCCAAGCACCACAUCUCCAUUGCUGAGAUCUAUGAGACGGAGCUGGUGGACAUUGAGAAGGCCAUCGCCCACUAUGAGCAGUCCGCAGACUACUACAAAGGCGAGGAGUCCAACAGCUCAGCCAACAAGUGUCUGCUGAAGGUGGCUGGCUACGCCGCGCAGCUGGAGCAGUAUCAGAAGGCCAUUGACAUCUACGAACAGGUGGGGACCAGCGCCAUGGACAGCCCCCUCCUCAAGUACAGUGCCAAAGACUACUUCUUCAAGGCGGCCCUCUGCCAUUUCUGCAUCGACAUGCUCAACGCCAAGCUGGCUGUGCAGAAGUAUGAGGAGCUGUUCCCAGCUUUCUCUGAUUCCCGGGAAUGCAAGUUGGUGAAAAAAUUGCUAGAGGCCCACGAGGAACAGAAUGUGGACAGCUACACCGAAUCUGUGUGCCCGCAGGUGAAGGAGUAUGACUCCAUCUCCCGGCUGGACCAGUGGCUCACCACCAUGCUGCUGCGCAUCAAGAAGACCAUCCAGGGCGAUGAGGAGGACCUGCGCUAGGCCCGCCCUGCCCCGGCGCCUGGCUUCCUGUCCUGCCUGCUCAGAGGUGGGGCCGAGGCUUGCUGGAGAGCUUCCCUCCCUUCCCACCCAGGGAGUCCCGAGGCCACAGUGGGCAGGCGGCAGUGAGGGUCAGCAUGCGGGGUGCCAGAGGCCCAGGCUGCUGGCCAGGCAGUCACCCUCUCUUCUCGCUACAUCCCUUGCCCGGUCCAUUUAUUUAAGCCCCCAAAGGUGCCCUUCACCCCAAAACCCAGCUGUACAGAAUCUUUGAUACCUAUUUGCUGGGGUGCUGCCGGGGGGUUGGUGUCUGGCUCCCCAUCUCCUGACCAGCUGAGUUGUGAGGCUGGUUUCUGUCUCAAACUUUUGUCCCCCAGCCAAGCCCUGAGCACAUGUAGCCUCUGAGACUUGCUGUCUCUGCUAGAGAGAGGCUCCUCUUCCCCCAGCCUCCUGCAGCCCCGACCUCUCAGGUCAGACCCCAGGCCCUGGAGCUUAGGGGGUUGUCCCCCACUCCAGCCCCACGCCUGCCCCCUCCCUAAUGCUUUGAGGUUUUGUUGGUUGGAAGGUGCAGCUGGCCCAAGAAGGAAAAUAAAAAACAACACUUUUGCAUGA